GCCACCGGACACCACCACCAUACCUUAAUCCACAAGUCAAGAAUACCAAAAAUCCAAAUCCAACUACAACUCCGAUUCCGUCCCCCACCUCCACGGCACCGUCGAACACCCCGUCGACGAGCUCUCGUCACGCCACCUUCCUCCCCAAUCCACCAAGCCCUAGUCCGAGCUCCUAUUUAUGCACCUGAGGCCGCUCCGAUCAACCACGUCCCGCCCUUCCCUUCGCAUCUACUACUUCCACCGGAAAUUCUGAAAUGGCCACGGCACCUGUCGCUCCGGCUGGGGAGGAGGCCCAGGAGGGGUCGAGGGCACCGGCAGCGGCGCACCAGGAGGGGGGGCCCGAGAUCGCGUUCUUCGACGUGGAGACCUCGGUGCCGCAGCGGGCCGGGCAGGGCUACGCUCUGCUCGAGUUCGGGGCCAUCCUCGUCUGUCCGCGCCGCCUCGUCGAGGUCGCCUGCUACGCCACGCUCGUGCGGCCCGCCGAUCUCUGCGUCGUCUCGGCCGCCUCCGUCCGCUGCAACGGCAUCACGCGCGACGCCGUCGCCGCCGCGCCGCCGUUCCUCGCCGUCGCCGACGCCGUCUACGAUAUCCUGCACGGGAGGGUCUGGGCUGGGCACAACAUUGUGAGGUUUGAUUUGCCAAGAAUAAGGGAAGCGUUCAACGAGAUUGGCCGGUCACCUCCGGAGCCCAAGGGGACGAUUGACACAUUACCUCUGCUUACCCAGAGGUUUGGGAGGAGGGCAGGGGACAUGAAGAUGGCAAGCUUGGCAAAUUACUUUGGUUUAGGGAGGCAAAAGCACAGGAGUCUGGAUGAUGUCAGGAUGAAUCUUGAGGUUCUCAAGUAUUGUGCUACAGUUUUGUUCCUGGAGGCAAGUCUUCCAGAAGUUCUUACUGUUGAGAACCUUGUGGAACAUGCAAUUACAAGAAGCAAAACUAAUGGAGCUACUUCUCCCGAAGCAAUAAAGUCUGGAGCGAACUCUUCACCUGAUUCUUCAAAACGACAACGUACCAUUUCUCAAGUUAACAAUCCAACUCCAGAUGGAGAUAAUCAGGAAUCGGUCGAUCCUGCAAUGGACAGAGAUUCUAGUGAGUUGAUAUCCCACAUCGAGGACAUUAAGUUAAAUGCCACUAUGCAGAUGGGUGUGAGUUCCAGUGGUUAUUCUGGGUUCCUUGAGCCGUCUGAUGUAUCAACUGAAUGCAUCCAGAUUUCUGCUAACCCUUCCUACUAUACUCAAAGAACAUUUAUCAAGCACAAAGAUAGUCCACUGCAGCUUUGUUGUGCGGGCUUGAAAGUCCAGUUUGGAGUCAGUACAAAGUUUCUAGACAGUGCAGGCCGGCCAAAGUUGAACAUAGUUGUUGAUAUCCCCGAAGAUCUAAGUGAAGUUUUAGAAUUUUGUGAUAAUCUUGCUCAGAGAACUUCACAAGAAUCUGGUUCCACUUCUGAGUGGAGACCCCUGACAAAGAAGUACGGCUAUGUGAAUCGUCCAACUGUUCGCCUAAACAUCCCUACCACUGUCAGCAGCGAUGCUUCUAUGUACUCGACAGAUAUAUACAAGAAAGAGCCUAGCGGUAACACGCAGAAGCUUGCUUUUAACCAAGUAGAUGCUGCGGAAUUGGACUCUCUUGUUCGAGGGAACAAACUUGAUGCGUUCUUCUCUUUGGAAAUAUACGACUACCAACAAAAUGCUGGCAUUCGGUUGGUUGCAAAGAGGCUGGUUGUACACUCCGAAUAGCACCAGUCUUAGCUUAUAAGAUCCCAGUGUAAGAGCUAACGUUUGCAUUGGUUGUACACUCCAAAUAGCACCAGUAUAUUAUCAUAUGGAUGUGAAUAAGAUCUGACCAGUAACAAUAGCAUAUGCUGAUGUUGAAGUAGGGACUCAGGAGUUGUAAAAGAUUCUAACAAGAUAUGUAUACAUUUGCUGAUGGAAAGAUAAUCUACAAGUAUAUGUGUAUAA